CCUCGCUGCUCGCCGGCUGGUUUAAGCCUGUACGUGGCAGUCAGAGAGCAGGCGAAGCUGGUGCGGCUCCUCUCCUGCAACAAUUCAAUCAUACAAACCGACAUCCUGAAGCAAGGAUACCCUUUAUAUCCUCUGGCUUGGUGCGACCUUCGCCAUAACACAUUUCAAACAUGUUUACCGUGUCGGAGCUGGUUGUCCUGCUGGCCGUCCUGUCUGCCACUGCGUCCGGCUACUUCGUUAGCAUAGACGCCCAUGCCGAGGAGUGCUUCUAUGAGCGGGUCAACUCCGGCACCAAGAUGGGCCUCAUGUUUGAGGUAGCCGAAGGAGGCUUCCUGGACAUCGAUGUUGAGAUAACAGGGCCUGAUGGAAAGCAGAUUUACAAAGGCGACAGAGAGUCCAGUGGGAAAUACUCGGUGGCAGCACACAUGGACGGCACCUACAAGUUCUGCUUCAGCAACAAGAUGUCCACUAUGACACCCAAGAUUGUCAUGUUUACCAUCGAUAUCGGAGAGGCACCCAAAGGCCAAGACAUGGAGACAGAAGCUCACCAAAACAAGCUGGAGGAGAUGAUCAAUGAGCUGGCAGUUGCCAUGACAGCUGUGAAGCACGAGCAGGAGUACAUGGAGGUCCGUGAGAGGAUACACAGAGCAAUCAACGACAACACAAACAGCAGAGUGGUGCUGUGGUCGUUCUUCGAAGCCCUGGUUCUGGUGGCGAUGACGCUCGGACAGAUUUACUACCUGAAGAGAUUUUUCGAAGUACGGCGAGUGGUGUAGUGCGAUUUUGAAUCGAUCCCUGUGUGUCCUCCACUGUUUUCUCCAACACCAAGACAGUUAUUUACACUCUGGAAAUGAGACUGGCAGUUUUGAGUAAAGCCUACAUAUGAUUGGAUCUCAGAUGUUUUGUUCUCCUGUUAACCUAUUUUUGGUUCCUUCUUUAUACGUGUAAUAAUUGUAUGUUUGGAACGAACGGCCAAAAGAUUCUGGGAUAGA